AUGGCGCUCUUCGAGAUUGACCCCCAGCUUCUCCCGAAUCUGAAGCUGGGGCUGCACUCGUUUCAGAUCAUUCUGGGCUUUUUGGCGUGGUGCUUGGAGAUUGCCGUCUUCCGCGGCGACACUUCGAGGAUUGUGGGCUUGAACGGAUGGACUUUUGCAGUGUGCUUCCUCUCCAUUCCCGGAUGGAUCUAUCUUAUCAUGACCCCUCGAUUCGAGCGUACUCGCAGGUUCGCCAACCCAUACGUCAUGCUCGGUGUCGAUGGCCUCUACAUCGUCCUGUGGCUUUCUGCCUUUUCUACCCAAGCGGCCUAUAACAGCUCUGGCCAAUGUGGCGGCAGCUGUGGCAUCAGCAAGGCCAUCGUUGCUGUCGGAGUGUUUGUCACUCUCCUCUGGAUUGGAACGGCCUUCCUCAGUGCCUACACCCUGCAGUACUACAACUUCCACGGCACUCUCCCUGGCUACGACAGCCGCAAGAUUGGCGGUAGCGACAACAUCGACCCUGACAAGGCCGCCUUUUCCAUGGCCCCUCACGACGAGGAGGCUUACGAGCGGGUCAACAUGGACGACCACGAUGCUCCAGGCUACGACGACCACCACACCACCAUGAACAGCCGCUACGGUGACAACACUCCCUACAACGCCGAUGACUUUGACGAUCCCAACCGCUACGGCGCUCUCCCCCCUCGAACCAACAGCGGCCCCCUUUUCGACAGCGAGACUGAGUACCACGGCAGCAAUCUCGGCAGCAACCUCAGCACCGACUUCGGCACACACAAGACACCCUCGCCCAGCCCCUACAGCGGCAGGCACUCGGACACCUAUGCUGAUGGCCCGGUGCAGUUCCCGUCCGCCGACUAUGACCGGAUAGAGCACUAA